UGGAGAGCUGCGUUGUCCCAUUUGGUUCUCCGUCUCCAAGGGAAUGGAACUGGUUCCAAGUCUAUGGGCACUGGUUUUGUCUCUCAGUGUUGGGACUCUGGGCUGGUUGCUCGUGUGGGGCGUUUAUUACAAUGUGACCAGGACGCAUCUUCCCCCGGACAUCAAGCAACGCACGAAACUGCGAUGGAUUACCUUCUUGCAGAAUGUCCUGAUGGCGUUGGCCUUAGGGAUCGAGAAACUCGGAGUUUGUAGCCGGUACAAAAUCUGGCAGCUAAUAUUCAAUGGCAUCCCACCGUUGGGAGAUUCGGGGCUGAUCAUUAAGGACUUACGGUUCGACGAGGUGCCGGUGCGGAUGUAUCGUUCCAAAUCCCAACCGUCGAAGAAGAGUAGAGCCAUUGUCUACAUCCCGGGAGGAGUGGGGCUGCUGGGAAGUAUCUCGGCGUAUGAAAGGGUGUGUCGCUUCAUCGCCCGAGAAAGCGAGUUCGUGGUGGUGAGCAUUGGGUAUCGUUUAGCUCCUGAGCAUCUAUAUCCAGUUCCGUUGCUCGAUUGUUGCACAGCUGUGGCCCACUUCUUGAAGCAUGCCGCGGAUUAUGGAGUCGAUCCCAACCAUAUUACCAUUGCAGGGGACAGCAGCGGAGGAACAUUUGCCGCAGCGGUCUGCCAGCGUCUUACGGUGAGGAAAGACCUCCCACGGGUCCAAGCUCAGGUCCUGAUCUACCCGUUCCUCCAAGCUGUGGACUUCAACUUGCCUUCUUACCAGCAAAACCAUUCCGUCCCGCCGUUGUUCAAGAAACGGGCGGUGAAGCUCGGGUUAACAUACCUGACGGGGAUGCGCAAGCAUGUGCGCUGUCUUAUGAAGAACGCUCACGUUACCCGGGAUCUGCAGGCAAAGUACCAAAAAUGGGUCAGCGCGGACCACAUCCCGGAUGAAUUUAAGGCCCGGGGCUACGUGCCAAUGGAGCUUCCUCCAUUUUGCGAAGCUCUCCACUCGUUCUGCAAGAAGGGCUUUGACCCCAUGUUUUCCCCACUUUUAGCAGAAGAUGAGAUUCUCCGCCAGCUCCCAAAGACAUUCAUAUUGACCUGUGAAUACGACGUCGUCCGAGAUGAUGGACUGUUGUACAAGAAACGACUCGAAGACAAUGGCGUGCCAGUCACAUGGUGUCACAUUAAGGACGGAUUCCACGGAACCGCAUUCUUUAUCGACUACGGCCUGUUUGAAUUGGAAAUUUCACGCCGCUCUUUGAAACCCUUAAUACAGUUCUUGGAAGAUUUAUAAAGAGAAUGCAUGGAUUUAAAGCUAUAUAUAACGAUCACACCGCUGCUCAGCCAAAUUAUGAUGACCACACAGCAGUCUACCAAAUUAUAAUGAUGACACCACCACUACAGAUAAGCUCACCAAAAAUAUAGAGGGAGAAUAGUUGUUGAAACAACUGGAUAUUUAAAACCUAGUAACUGGGAACCACUGGAACUGAGAGACUUAAAUUGAUUUUUAAAAGAUUUCCGCUGCCACCAUAUGAUUAAUAAACAGGCUGAGGUAAAAUAUUGAAAGAUGGUUCUGAGACCCCCACUGUGUCAUUAUAG